AUGACUUAUUGCAAGAUAUAUCUAACCAUAUCAGCUCUAAUCACAUGUCACGUAAAUGCAAAUUACGAGUACGAGCGUUUGAAGAGUUUGAGCCAUUUGAUUGAAGUGCCGCAAGUACCUAGCCAGCAUAAGACCAUUUACGAGAGCGCUUCUUCCGAAAUACUGCCUCAUUAUUAUAAUUCUUAUGAAUCGAGUCAAGAUCAAUAUAAAGACCGUUCCGCAAGUCCAUCUGAGCGUUUUCCCAUUAGCGUAAAGAAAAAAUUAGUUGAAAAAAAAAACUUGAAAAAAAUGAAAAUCCCGUUUUUAUUGAUCAAUAAAGAUUAUACUGCAAAGUACAAACAGUCGCUUCCGAAUUCGGAAAUUGCUCACUGUCAAGAGAUUAACGUAAAAUCGAUCGGGAAAGAGGAUGAGAUACGAAAAGAUGUUACGACUUGCUAUAAAUGCGAGGAUCCUAAAACUAGAUUCAUAUACGAACGCUGUUUACAUAAUAGUCCUCCGGAAGAGAGCGCAUCCGCCAAUACGAAGACGGAGCGAUUUUCGUUUACCUCCGUCAUCCCCAGAUAUCGAAGGUCCAACGUGGAGAAUGACAAAAUUGGUUACGGAAAGACGAAUCCUUAUCGGUUCAGCGACGAGUAUUUUACCGACGCUACGUACGAUGUACCGGCCGCGUACGAAAGCAGGGGAGAGAAAUGCGACAAGAUUGUGAAAAAUUCCAUGGUAUGCAUGAUUUGCCAAGAUGUUAAGACCAAUGGCAAGUACGAGCAAUGCUCGUAUGUAAAGCAGCCGCGUGAGAAAGAGUACGCCUAUAUCAAAUCUGGUACCUUUGAAAAGCCUGAGCAGCAAAGAAACAAUAGCGCUGAACAUGCCGAUGAUCGAUCAAAUCCUUAUCCCGAAUCCUCUGAAGAAUCCUUUGAAGAAUCCAAUCUUGAGAAAAAAGAUUGGAAGCCCACCGCCAUAAAGGAGUUUCGCGAAUAUUCCUAUCCUAUCGAGGAUCAUAACGAGAGAGUUUCAACAACAAACCAGCAAGACAAAGUACAGGAUGCAUCUUCGACAGCUUGCAAACAGGUGCAAAGAGAUUCCAAAACCUGCACCGUAUGCAAAGAUCCCAAGAUUGGCGGUAUUUAUGAGAAAUGCAUUUACAACUAUCAGCCCAGUGAUAAAUUAUAUAAAUAUACUAAAUCAAAAAGCUUUGGAUAUCCAGAUAAGAUUUCUACGGAUUCUACUCAUGAUCUAAAUAAAACUCGAACUUUGGAAAAAACCAAGAGGUUCGAUUACCCGCAAAGUUCCGAUUCUACGCACGAUUAUUUGGAUAAAUCCAAACAUUCUAUUUAUCCAUGGAGAUCCGAGAGAACUAUCGAAUCUCAACAAGUCGCUAGUGAUCUCGACAGCACAUCGCGCGAUUCACCCAAUUACAGCAGCGAUUAUUCCAAUUCCAAGGGAUCGAGUAAUUACCAGCCUUUAUCUACGGCUAAAGAUGAUACCGAAUCUUACGAAGACCAAGCUACACCAUCUUCGAAAUCUGUCUCGGAGCAUUAUUCUGAAAAUAUCGACGCGGAUCAUUGUAAAAAGUUUCAGAAAGACUCAAUGACAUGCACAAUCUGCAAGGAUCCGAAAACAGGCAACGAUUUUGAACAAUGUUCGUACUCGUAUCAACCCAGCGAUAAAGUCUUCUCUUACAGUAAAUCCAGCUCAUUUGGCAAUUCACGGCAGAAUGAUAAAUAUCGGCAAGUGCCGCGCGAGAACGAGCAAUUAUCGGACAGUUCUGAGAUUGCAAAAGACUCCUACAACGCCCCAACCAGAGAAGACGGCUACGAAGCUUCAACGACUGAUGAGGCAAAGGAUAAUUCCAAGGACGCCACAGAGGGAAAGAAGGAAAGAGUGGACGUCGGAUAUUUGGACACAGCGAAGAAGAAGGCGGAGAUCGAAGAGUUAAUGCAGAAUUUCCGGAAAAAAGAUCGAUCGAAAUGUAGGAAGACUAUGCGCGAUAAAAUGACUUGCUAUCGGUGCGUCGAUGAGGAAGGUAUUCAAAAGGAGGAAUGCGUGUUUGUCACCGGGCAAGAACCCGAUCAGCUGGCAUUCCGCGAGAUAAAGGAAUUUCAAAUCGAUCCUGCAUCGCACGCUCGCGGCCUCGAACGAUCAAACUCGAUGAAAACGAGAGAACGCGUGAUGGAUCCUUUAGAGCCUAGUGCGUCCGCUAGUAGAAAUUCAUAUGUCAAAUUGGAGAAACCGGACAACGAUUAUCCCGACGAAACGCAACACACAGCGGAAGAAACUAAAGAGGCUGAACCGUAUGAUUACACAUCGGAAACAAGAUCCAGAUACGACAAAGUACUCGGAUUAACUCUUCCGGCAUAUAUGUUUGCUACUUCGGAGCAUGAAGCAGCGUUUGACGAGGUUGUAGCUUCCAGUCACGAUCAGCGCUAAUUUAGGUACAGCUUUCGGCAUUCUUAUCGUUACGUAUUCAGCUAUACUUGUUAUCGUCGAGCUGGAAAUUCUAUUUGCUAUGAGCAUUUUUAUCGUAUUAUUAAGAACGUUAUGAAUAUUAGAAGGUAAUUAAAAUCUUUGUGUUUUAGUUUUUAGUUCGUACAGCUUAUAUUUGAAAUCUAUACGCAUAUUCUCUCUCUCUCUCUCUCUCUCUCUCUCACUCUCUCUCUCUUUCUCUCGACGAACAUGAUUAGAAUGAUUCGACUGAUAGGUAUAAAUGUUGCAUCUCGUUAAUGCCAUGGAAAUCUUUGAUGCAUAUUAUAGCUCGCCGACAAAGACAUUGCGGAGGCGUUAUAGGAUCCCUGGUUGAUUAUUCCGCAAUUAUUUUUAUGCCACAUUCAGUAGAAUCUAUCGUGAACGGUUAAUCAUCUUAAAACACACGAAAUAAUUUCAUACGAAGCUUGUUGUUUUUCAAGCUCUAGUACCUAUAGUACGAUAUCUAUAUAUUUUUGAUUAGAUACAUGAAGAAUAUUCGCGUAAGCCGUAAUUGCACUCGAUGAAAACGCACCAAAAUACACAAUAAAAAAUCAUACCAGGCACAGGGAAUAAUAUAUGUAUACAUAUACGUAUAAAAGUCUCGAAAAACGGCAAUCCCAAAUUGAAUUUUAUGCGCUUUACGUUCUUGAUAAGAAGGGCUUUGUAGCAUCGGCUUUAAAAUAUAUAAUGAAUA